CUCUUCUUCGCUUCUCUAGACACGAUUUCACGCUAUGUCGCUCUCCACUCUCUGCACCGUUUCGAACGUGCAGGCAGCUCUCCCGGUGGACGGUACCCUCCUCGGUCUCAACCUGCUCCCUGACACCGUUACUGCGGGCGCUGUAUACAAUGCUUCCACUGGCGGAGGUAUGACGGGCGGCACUAGCGGCGGCGCUACCUACACCUACUGUAACGUCACCGUCAGCUACACUCACACCGGCAAGAACGACACCAUUGCCCUCAAGUACGCCUUCCCUGAGCCAUCCAACUUCAAGAACCGUUUCUACUUGGACGGUGGAGGUGGCUUCUCUCUGUCUUCGGAUGCUACUGGUGGUCUUACAAAUGGUGCUGCCUCUGGUGCUACGGCAGCUGGCUAUGAUGCUUUUGAUUACAGCUACGAUGAGAAGGUUCUUUAUGGCAACGGAUCAAUCAACUGGGACGCUACCUAUGCUUUCGCGUAUACCGCUCUUGGAGAGCUUACAAAGAUUGGUAAACCGCUCACUCAGGCGUUCUACGGUCUGAACGACACCAAGAUUUACACCUACUUUGAGGGGUGCUCCGAUGGUGGUCGUGAGGGCAUGUCUCAGGUUCAGCGCUGGGGUGAGGAGUACGAUGGUGUCAUUGCCGGUGCUCCUGCCUUUCGUUUCGCCCAGCAGCAGGUCCACCACGUCUACCCAGCCACCGUCGAGCAGGUCAUGGGUUACUUCCCUCCCCCUUGUGCUCUCGAUAAGAUCGUGAACGCUACCAUCGCCGCAUGCGAUUCCCUCGAUGGCCGUACCGAUGGUGUCAUCUCCCGUACAGACCUCUGCCAGCUCAACUUCAACCUUAGCUCCUUAAUCGGCGAGUCCUAUUACUGUGCCGCUGAGUCCAGCAGCUCGCUCGGAUUUGGCUUCAGCAAGCGCCAGAUGGGAGGAGGUGCUGCUGGUAGCCAGUCUUCCACCAAGCCUGAGCAGAACGGCACCCUCACCGCUGACGACAUUGCUGUCGCUCAGGCUGUCUACGACGGUCUUCACUCUUCUGAUGGCAAGCGCGCGUACCUCUCCUGGCAGAUCGGUUCUGACCUCGGCGACGCUGACCCAACCUACGACAAUACCACCAGCUCCUGGAAGCUCAACAUCCCAUCUACCGGCGGCGAGUACGUCACCAAGUUCGUUCAACUCCUCGACAUCGACAAUCUUGAGAACCUGGACAAUGUCACCUACGACAUGCUUGUUGCUCUAGAUUGGAUGAACACUGGCAUGAUCCGCUACCUCGACUCCCUCCAAACCACCGUCCCCGACUUGACCCCCUUCCAGUCCUCCGGCGCCAAGCUCCUGCACUACCAUGGCGAAUCCGACCCCUCAAUCCCCGCCGCUUCAUCCGUACACUACUGGCAGUCCGUUCGCUCCAUUAUGUACCCGAAUCUGACCGACGCCGAAGCCCUCGAAGCCAUGAACGAGUGGUACCAGUUCUACCUGAUCCCCGGCGCGGCGCACUGCGGCAGCAACUCCCUGCAGCCCGGCCCUUACCCGCAGGAUAACAUGGCUACGAUUAUCGAUUGGGUUGAGAAUGGGAUUAAGCCGAGUCAUCUUAACGCUACUGUUUCGAGCGGUGAUUAUGCAGGUGAGGUGCAGCAGCUUUGCCAGUGGCCGCAGCGUCCUCUUUGGUCGGGUAAUAGCUCCACUUUCGAUUGUGUUGAUGAUGAGGCGAGCAUUGACAGCUGGACUUACACUUUCGAUGCUUUCAAGCUUCAGCCCGUUUGGUAA